AUGAAACCGCACUUUUUGUUAGGAAGCCUCGACAUCAAAACGGAUCUUCUCGACGAAGGUCCAACUCCAUGCUCGCCGAGGCGCGAGUCUUCAAGACGAUGCAAUACAAUAUACAUUCCAUCCGAUGACUCUCUCACUCCCACCAUCUUCAUGGGACUUUACGAUUCACCUAGGCGGCAGACCAAAGACGUCAUCCCACGUACCUCAGGCAAUACUGAGAUCAACGACUUCAAGUCACAGCUUGCUAGACCCCAGCCACAAAAGCCGUUGGCAAGAUCUACAUGGAGAGCUCCGCUCCAACAAAGCUUGAAAGUUCUCCAGGCAGGGGCAACAACAGUUGAUGUCCCUGGAGCAGGUGGCGGCAAAGAAAACAUCCCACCUGGGAUUUCCAUCAAUGCCAACAACAAAAGCAAAUUGGAAAGACAUGCGCCGAUAUCCAAAAUAGCCCGUCCAGCCGUGCAAAACACUGCCCCCAGAGCACGCAUAACAACCAAGCCCAAAGAAGUGCGAAAAUGGCCACUGACACGAGCGGCUCUCGGUGAAACUCAAGCGAAUGCCGCCAAAGUCCCCCAAAAGAUAGAACAUUCACCACCGGCCGAUAAUGCUUGGGCCUCUGCCUUGAAACGUGCCUUCUCCGCCAUCGUUAUUCAACGGGCAUGGCGUUCAUUUAAAGAAAGACGAAAUAAGCACGUGUAUGAUAUCGCCACGAUCAGGGUGGAGUUGGCAUACGAGGUGAUUACUCGAUGGUGGCGUGGUGUCAAAGCCUGCAAGCUGCGAGAGCAGACAGAGCAGGUGAAGCUAAAGGAGCGCACUGAACAAACUCCGCGACGCAAAUCUGCCGGUCAGAGAUCGUCUGUUCGCCAGAGCCACCAAAAUUCUGGCCGGCGGGGCAUUCGGCGCCUCUAA